CGAAAUUUAUGAGGCACCAUCAGAUAGACUCGGCCUUGAUAAGAAUACCUAUCGCUAUAAAUAUCAAAGGAUGGAACUUAAGAAUGAGGCGAGAAACUAUUUCAUCCCCCCCCCCCCCCACUAUCUAAGCCAACAUUCACAAACCACAUUCACGAGCUGACGUAUGGCACUCUACUGCGACAUCAAGUAACUGUGUCUGAGUCAGCCUAAACAUCUAUGUUCCAACGACGAGAAACAAACACCUCGAAGUCCACCACAAGCAGCCAAAACAGAACGAAUGGACCACGAGAGUAAGGAAGAAACCCAUACAUCUCCCCGUCCGAAGCCAUCAGCCACUCUACCAACUAGCAAUACUUCAACGUCGGAAUCCUGCGGCCAUGGCCCCAGCUCUAUCGGCUCUUUCUCAUCCCGAACAAACGAUACGACACAUACCAGCACAACUUCUGGGUAUCGAUUAGGAUGUACGAGUGCUACUUUGGCAGCAGCGAGGGGGAAAUCGACUGCAGCCACACAGAUACUUUCGAAAGACGUCGCCGUGGCGAAGUCUGAAACUCGCAUCGGACCGGUGCAGCAAGAGUUUGAGUCGGACCCAUCCCACAAAUUCUGGACUUGGAGCCAAGAUGCACAGAACUGGUACCACGUUCAAGGUACAGAUUCGGUCCUGUGGGCACCCCAUCAGCUGGAUUGAGUCUCUUCACGCUGCCUGUUUUUCUAAUAGAGUCGGUAUUGAUUCCGGCAGAUCCUUCGGAUCCGGGUUGAAGGUUGAGUUAUAGACUGUUGAUAUGGGCGUUGUUGUAUUUUGUUGAUUCGGUAAGCUACUGAAGGGUUCAAGGAGAAAGACGCAUGGUGAAGGUGUAUCAAGUAAUAGGAAAGUCCUGAGGGUGAACAAGUAGCACCGCCAGG